AUGGGGUCCUUAGAAACAACACAUCGGCAAAGGGAACAUCUGCCAGCAAUAAACUUCCUAGGCAAAGACGGCCCCGGUUAUUCCUCCAGAAGUUCAGCUGUCUCGUCACCGACACCACUUGUCAGCCCAACCACCAUGUAUCCUAAUCAAUCGUCUCCCUAUUCCUACCAGCCCUCCGCAGCCAGCGCACUUGCUCAGCCAGGGUAUAUUUCGUCUCCGGAUUCCAGGCGCGCACUUGAGGAGGAAAAAGAGAAACAGUUACAGCCGCAGCGACAGUCACUCCCUUCAAUCCAUGAGGCCCUACGCAACGAUAACUCCCUACCAUACCCUGCUCCGCCUACUUCAGCUCCUCCACCACAAACUCAUCACGCACCUCCACCGCAUGCUCUUGUCAGUCGGCCCGCUGGGGAUGGCCCGUCAGGUCCGCCGAACCCCUUCUUAAAUGGAACACCGACGGGGCAGUACCUACGCGAUCCACCUUUUCCUCAUCAAUCUCAGCUCCAAGCGGAUGCAUCGCGAUCAAGCCUGGCAUCGAUAAAUACCCAGGAUUCCAGGAAUCCGUCGCUGCAGUCGCUCAAUUCGGGCAAAUCCCCUACACACAGUGCCAAAACUGGGUUGACAUCAAUCACUGGUUCACAGGCGGGUUCCGGGUACGAAUAUAGCGCGCCUGCAUCGGCAGGUAGUGUAGCCUCGCCGAAUGGCUACGCUUCUUAUUCACAGCCAUAUGCUUUUCAUUCACAACCACCAUCGAGUGCUCCUGCAUAUCCCUCCGCGGGGCAUCACGAUACGCGACCUUACUCGGGUACGUCGUGGAAACCUGGCCCGCCAGAACCAGUGCGCGUGGAAGAAUUGAAAAACGGCUUAGCGGGGCGUCCAGCUGUUCCAGUACCGCCCCAAAGCGAUUCUGCUAAGCGUCACCUGGAAAUCUACGAAGUGGAAUCUUCACUAAACGAGAUUGCCGAACUGAGCACUCGCACGCUGGACUUUUCGCGGCAUUAUGCAGCAAGGGCUCACCAAACCCAGCGCUCCGGGCCCAUGUUAGGGUCUUUGCCCUCUCUUCAUGAAAUCGAGGACAUGAUCAAUUUGCAGCGCCGGAAUCAAGAUGCGUUAAUGCGGAUCCGGACCGCCGUUCUGAACCAGGAGCAUGCCAUGGCGGAGCAGAUGGCCCAGAGAAAAGCCUUUGGCGCCGGUGGAGUACAUGAUGGCGACCACAUGGCAAUGUACCAAGAAGAGUACAAGGGCAAUGGUGGAUUUGCUGGUCCCGAUACGAAAAAGCGACGAGGGAAAGCUGCCCCUCCUGGUCGUUGCCACAGCUGCAACCGAGCCGAGACUCCAGAAUGGCGCCGUGGCCCCGAUGGUGCUCGAACAUUGUGCAACGCCUGUGGUUUGCACUAUGCCAAAUUGACGCGCAAAAUGGGUGCUAGCAAGGCAGCAGCCUUGGGUUCGAGUUUGAAACCCAAGGCCGCGCUUGAUUCUGCAUCUCCCAAUGCUCGUUAG